AUGCAACUGAAAACAUACAAAAAGCCAUUUGAAGUUCCUUUCUCUGUGAUCAUCAUAACACCAAAGGAAGUCCAUACACGCGCUGUCAUAAAAAAGAAGAAGAAUUCGGUGAAAAGGAAAGAUGUGCAUUAUGGAAACUUACUCGAGCCAAAUAAGAAAUUCGCUUUUUUAAAUAAAUGGGUGCCUUUCAAGUACUUUACCACUUUUGUGGCUGAAUUAGAAUAUUUUGUUAUUCGGCUGUGCCGUUUUCAAAUUAGUGGCAAGCAAAAUUGA